CAGGUACACUGAUCUAAACCCUUCAAAGCAGCAACUCCGCCGUUGAAUUCCGAAGAAUUGUUGAGCGAAUUGCAGCAAGGGCUUGGUAUAUGUUCAGGGUGAUCAUAUGUCUUUCUAUACAUUGGAAUUGAAUGCACUGCAUUGUAAAGCCUUUUUUGGGCACUUGUCCAACUUAAGGAUUCCAAGUUGUGGAAGUUAGGUUUAACAUCUCAGUGUAAAAUAUGGAUGGAAUAUUUUGGUUGGAAGAAUACAGUGGAAAGCCACAUACUUCUGUCAGUUUGAAAAGAAAGGCCAAAUCAAAGAAGCUGGAGUUUAUUGGAUGGGGAUCAAAGCCACUUAUUGAAUUUCUUGAUUCCAUUGGUAAAGACACCACCGAAAAAAUCUCUCAACAUGAUGUUAGUGACAUUAUAGGCAAAUAUAUCAAUGAGAAUAACCUUAUUAACCCAGCAAAAAAGAAGAGAGUAAUUUGUGAUGAAAAGCUUUAUUAUCUUUUUGGAAGAAAAACAAUAAACCGAAUCAAAGUCUAUGACCUGCUUGAAACACACUAUGCGGAAAACCUAGAUGCAUGGGAUGAUGACUUUCUUUUUAGCUCAGGAGAGGAGAAUCUAGGUGAAGAACAGAAAGGUUUGAGUCUGGAGAAAAAAACUUACCAGAAGAAAAGGAUUUUUGAAACACCAAAAAAUGGCUUUGCUGCAAUAGUACCAGAGAACAUAAAGCUCGUUUACUUGAAAAAGAGUUUAGUUCUAGAUCUAUUGAAAGAUUUUGAAAGCUUCGAAGCUAAAGUGGUAGAUAGCUUUGUAAGGAUCAAAUCAGACCCCAAAAGCUUCCUUCAGAAAAACUCUCAUCAGCUCGUGCUAGUUAAAGGGAUGAAGAGGGUCUCUGUGAACAAUGAUGUAAACACAGAUGUUGUUCUCCAGGUUUCGAAUUUUGUGAAAGAUGUUAAAAUUUCCAUGCUUUCAGAUGACGACUUCUCUCAGGAAGAAUGCGAGGAUUUGCACCAGAGAAUAAAAAAAGGCUUGCUGAAGAGGCCAACUAUUGCAGAACUUGAAGCGAAGGCUCAAAUUUUGCAUGCAGAUAUAACCAAGGAUUGGCUUACAGAAGAACUUACCUUGUUACCGAAGCUCAUUGACCGUGCCAAUGAAAAAGGUUGGCGCAGAGAAAUGUUUGAGUACAUGGAGAGAAGACAGCUGCUUCAGACUCCAGAUGAACAGGCACGACUACUGCGUGAGGUUCCAAAUGUUAUUGCAGAGGAAGUAGAACCAGAAACUGCACCACAAGAUGUUAAACAUGAAGACUGUAGCUCACAGAAAUUGACAGAACCUGAAACUGCACCACAAGCUGUUAAACAUGAGAACAAUAGCUCACAGAAAUCGGCUGCCAGGGAAACUCUGGAAGUUCCGACUGAUUCAGCUUCUAUCGAGAAAUUGUCAAUAUUGACACCUUUAAAAACAGAUUCUGCGACCCAGUCUUCCUCGGUAAUUACUAAAGAUGAUACGGUUCAUUUGCAUGAUGUUCAGGAACAGCUAAUCCGACCAAGCCACAGUGAUGUCAAGAGCGUGCAGGUUGUGAAUGUACCCGAAGAAAGCAGUGCCAUAGUCGAACAAAACUUUUUAAAAAUAUUGGAUACCACUCGAGUGAUUGAUUUGAGUGACGACGAUGACGAUGAAGAACACGUGGAUUCAAACAAAGUCGAGCCAGAGGAUGAUGUUGGAAGCUUGAUGUGGCAUUAUGAAGAUCCUCAGGGAGAUAUACAGGGCCCUUUCUCCCUCAUAUCACUGAAAACUUGGAUGGAUGCCGACUACUUUCCGAAUGAUUUUAAGGUUUGGAAGACGGGUCAAAGCCGAAACAAUGCUGUAUUGUUGGUCGACAUAGUUCGUCAAAUGUUUCGGAUUUAGACAUUGUUGAAUAUUAUAGUAAAUGGACAAGGAUAUCAGAUGUCCUAGUAACUGGCUGGUAAUUUUGAAGAUGAAAUUGCGCCUAACUAAAAUAAGUAACAGUCUCUUCAGUUUCCUGUCCGUAUUAU